AUGCUCUUCACCAACAUCCUCAUUACCCUCGUCGCCGUCGCCGCCUCUGCAGUGUCCGCCGCGCCUACCGACUCAGACGCCAGCGUUCCUGCCCAGGCAUACGACGGUUCUAUCGCCGAGCGCGGUUACAACCCGCCCUACAGAACACCGUGCGGUGCGACCACAAUCCCGUUCAACAUGAAGUGCUGCGGGAACAACUCUGGCUACUCGUGCCCAAAGAACAAGGUGUGCAACUACCGCAACAACGGGUGGUGGUGCGACAGGAUGUAG